AGUGGCGGAUCCGUACCCGACUCGUCCCUCCUAUUUGAUCGCUUUGCGGCCCCCCACCCUUUUCGUUCCGUUCCUUUAAUUCGUUGUGUUGGGCUGCUCGUUUGCUCGCCUUUCGCAUUAUUUGCGCAACGCCUUUUGGUAAUCGAUUGAUUUAUGGCCCCGUCGCGACGCUGAUAGGGUUCGAUCUGCGGCGAUGGAGAUUGGGAUCCGGCGACUGCGUGAUAGGUCCGGGCGCGGCGGCAUCUUGGGGUCCGCUUCCUGGUCGUCCUCGAGUUCCCUCUAAUCGAGGGCUUGCGAGGGCUUCGAGGUCGGAUCGUUGAUCCCCGGCGCGGAGGAGAAUGGAGGAGGAGCGCAGCUCUUGGGUGCUGAGGGCGAAGUAUUCCCACACGCCGCACCACCGAACGAGCUCGGACCCUGAUGUGGUCCUGCUUCCGGAUCCCAAGGAAUCGAAUUCGGAUAACGCGUGUUUGCUCUCGGGCAGGUCCUCGGUCCGAUCUGGCUCUGAUCCCUCGCGGAGCCUGAAGAACUCGAGCGCGGAAUCGUCGGCGAAGAUAUCCGCAAACAGGUCGACUUCCCAACCUGAUGAUGGCGAUCGAUUGGACUUGAAGAAGGCGGAGAGCCGGAGCGCCAAGUGUUCUGAUUUCUCCUUCUAUCCGGAAGGAGUCCCAUCUCGUUCUAUCGUGGUUGCGACCUCGAAGUUUCCGGUUUCUCAUCAGAAAGCCGGGAGCUCGAAUUCUACGAUGGGCGCUGCUUCUUCUGGAAGGGUUAAACCAGAUGCCAACUCCCGCUCGAGUUCCCAACCUGAUGAUGGCGAUCGAUUGGACUUGAAGAAGGCGGAGAGCCGGAGCGCCAGGUGUUCUGAUUUCUCCUUCUAUCCGGAAGGAGUCCCAUCUCGAUCUAUCGUGGUUGCGACCUCGAAGUUUCCGGUUUCUCAUCAGAAAGCCGGGAGCUUGAAUUCUACGAUGGGCGCUGCCUCUUCUGGAAGGGUUAAACCAGAUUCCAACUCCCGUCACGAGCGGGAGUCGAAAUCCAAGCAAAGGUCAAUAUCACCUCUUCCAACCACCGUCCUCUCCGAGGUCUUCAAAGAAGCUCGUUCGAUCGGAAGGAGAUUCUCCACCCCGCCGCCUUCGAGGAAAAAGUGCGAUAAAGCUCGUGCGCAUCACGAGCUUGAUUGGAGAACAGCUUUGGAACUGAGGAAAGCCUUUGAUAAGUCGAGGCCCAGGAAGGGAACUUCUUGGGCGAGGUGCUUCGACCAUGGGGGAGGGAAGGUCACUGCCUUGGAGACGACCGAGAAAUGGAAUGCCGAUCUUUCCCAAUUGUACUUUGGGCUUAGGUUUGCCUGCGGUGCUCACAGUAGGCUAUACCACGGUGUCUUUAACGAUAAGCCUGUUGCUGUGAAGAUGAUUAGUCAACCCGAUGAUGACGAAAAUGGAGUGAUGGCUGCACGACUGGAGAAGCAGUUCACGAGAGAAGUGACAAUGUUAUCACAUCUCGAUCACCGCAAUGUGAUUAAGCUUGCAGGGGCAUAUAAACAGCCACCAGUCUUUUGUAUCAUCACUGAGUAUCUUUCUGGAGGCUCUUUAAGAGCAUUUCUGCACAAGCUUGACCACAAAUCUCUUCCUUUACAAAGAUUAAUUGCAAUUGCCUUAGAUAUCGCACGAGGAAUGGAAUAUGUUCAUUCACAAGGGGUUAUCCAUCGUGACCUGAAACCUGAGAACAUUCUAUUUGAUCAAGACUUCUGCAUUAAAAUUGUUGAUUUUGGAAUAGCAUGUGAGGAAGCAUAUUGUGACGCACUUACAGAGGACCCUGGAACUUAUCGCUGGAUGGCACCUGAGAUGAUCAAACAUAAGCCUUAUGGGCGGAAAGUUGAUGUUUACAGCUUUGGAUUACUACUGUGGGAGAUGGUGACAGGGACAAUUCCAUAUGAGGAUAUGACACCAAUCCAAGCAGCUUUUGCAGUGGUUAAUAAGAACUUGAGGCCAAUCAUUCCUAUUGAUUGUCCUUCACCUCUUCACGCCCUCAUAGAGCAAUGCUGGGCAGUAGUUCCCGAUAAGAGGCUCGAAUUUUGGCAGAUUGUAAAGGUAUUGGAGCAGUUUCAAUCUGCUGUCACUCAGGAUGGAACAUUAAAUCAGCUUCAACACUUGACCUGCCAGGAUCACAAGAAACGGUUACUCGAUUGGAUCCAAAAGCUCAGAACUCCCUUGCAUGCAAAUAGCUCAAAACCCCGAUUGCCCUAACUUGUAUAACUUGUCUACCCGCGCGCUAUUGGAUUUUUGCUCCUCCGUUAUGGUGUUUUGUAGCUCAUCUAGUAACAGAGUAUACAUACACCAUGGUUGAUGUCAAAAUUUUCUCUUAUUUGCGGCUAAGCUUCUUUCAGCCUCUCCAAUGUGAUAGGACACCUGCAUGCAUCCAUGUCCAUGAUAAACAGUCAGAUGCCAAUGUCCAUAUUGUACUGUAGUAUGAGGAAAGUAUUAGUCUUACUAGGUCAAUUUUUUUAUCUAAUUUAGAUUUGUUCAUCAGAUGUAUAAAAAUCUUGUUGUUCCCUCUUUUUCUAUUAGGAUCUUGAGAAUGCAUUGCGAAAUGGUCGACGCAGAUGUUUGCUACUGAUCUGUGUGUUACAUUUGAUUUUUACGAACCAAAUGCUGACAUCACCCCCCGGAAUGCUGACAUCACCCCUGACCUGCCAGCGGGCUUCUGAAAAGAUGCUGACGUGGGUAAUACUUAUUAUGUCUUGUUGGUAUUCCUUAUUAUUAUUGUCUGGCUUAAUCACUAUAAACUUUACAAACUUUAAUUUUCUGAUAAUAAGUCUCCCAUUUCUUUAAACGAACAACACAUAUCUCAAUCGCGCUUCCCAUUUCUUUAAACCAAGCCAUCGUGUCCCCUGUAACCUCCUCCCGUCCUCCAUCAUGAGUCUGUUGAUCUAGUCCUCCCUCUCUCCGUCGUCCUCUCUCUUCGAGGAACCCUUACUCGCCCAGUCCUUUCUCUCCCUCCCCCCUUCGUUCUCGUAUGGGGGGGAGGUUCGGGUUCGGCCCCUCGUCGGUGGCCGACUCAAUGAUCGUGGUGAACACGCCGAGCCAGGAUCUGGUCCUCGCCAACUUCGCCUACUGCUCCUCCAUGGAUCUUGACAAGUACGCCGCACCCGGGUCCAAGAACGCCCUCGGCCUCGUCCUCGAUGUAUAUUCGUUGGAUGCUGUACUUAUCUCUCAACUUCAGAAAAAAUUUAUUGACCAGUUAAUCAGCGUGAAGCUGCUGCCAGCAGCAAAAUUUUCCAUCAUAAAGAGUUCAACCUUCAGAAGCUAGGAAUUGGAGGACUAACCGUUGGAUUCAUUGAAAUUUUUCGACGAGCAUUUGCUUCUCGAGUUUUUCCUCCCCAUGUUGUUGAUAAGUUGUUUUUGUGCAUACUUUUAAGUUAUCAACAUAAAAAAUGUCUAAGUCUUUAUUCCUUUCUGAUUGUUAUAUCCUCGAGAUUAGGUAUCAAGCAUGUGAAAUGAAUGUUGCUUUAUGGACCGCCAGAUGCGGAAGCUGUUGAAUGGCAAGGAGCUAAAGGUUUUUCACUUUGUGAUUAAACAAUAUGAUUCUACUUUCAAUUAAAGCUUUAGCUUAUAUGUUUACUUUGUGAUUAAACAAUAUGAUUCUAUUUUCAAUUAAUUGCUUUAGCUUAUAUGUUUAAGCAAAUUUAUGCAUUUCUUUUGAUUCUAUUGACAUUGUCAUCAUAAAUCUUAUGACUUGCCAUGCUUAAAUAGCUCUACUGGCAUAGUCUUGUGCCAUCAUAAAUCUUAUGUUGCCUUAUGCUUAAAUAGUUGACGGUUUUCUUUUUAGGAAUCAAAUUUGUGUUUUCAACUUAUAUAUAAAAAUCAUAUAUCUUUAUCUGAUAAUAAUUAUGACUCUAAAUAAAAUACAUUAGCACUUCGAUUAAUCCGACAUUGAAUACUUAGUUAAGAUUGAUUUAUAAGGGUACAAUGGUUGUAUUAAUAUUAACUUUAGUUUGAACAUUUUUGUCAGUGGUUUAGGACAAAUGAAAUUGAUAAAUUAGUUAGCUUAUCAAACUUGGGUCAUGAUAAUAUUUAGCUUAGUUUUUUAUAUUUUAGUUGGGUUAAUUAUAGAUGGAUAUUGUUGUAGGUGCAAACUGAGUAUGAGUAUUCUUGAACUUUUUUGUUAACUGAUUAUGGUAUAGAUAUAAGGUAGAUCACUCAACAGUUAAUGUCUAAUUUAUAAUAUAGAUACAAGUUAGGUAUGGGUCAAACUAUGUUAGGAUUAUUUUUUAAAGAAAAUAACUGUAUUAAAAACUAACCAUGUGAGUACAAAAUACUUGUGAGGUCAUGGUAAUAGGGCAAGUCACCAUUCCAUGUACAAGAGACACUCUUAUUUCUUGCAACACAUACAAGAGAAUGUGCAUCCUUGUUACAUUCUUUGUACAAAAUGCCACAUAGAUAGCAUGAUGCGAUAGAGCCUAUAUACGAUGCAAACACAUAGCGAAGCUCAUCGUAUUUACAGUCAUCAUAUUAAGAAGAAUCUUGCGACCAAUAAUAGUAUGGUGGUAGUUGGUCACACUUCUCCGAAUAGUAAUACGGUGAUCAAUCUUAUGAUCAGAGCAAUAAAUCAAUGGUGAAAAUAGACGUUCUGACAUUAUCCAUGGUCCGUACCAGUACACGCCACAAUCAUCCUUGUUCUAGGAGCUGUCUCGGGCACAUGUGGUUUACAAUGAUUAGACUAUAAUCAUCACUACAUUGAUGUAUUAAUGAUAUAUGGUAUAUCAACCAUUUGUGUUUCUGGCCUCUAAGAAGAUGAUGUUUCAACUACUUGUUUGUUUCCUUGUUCUUUAUUAUGUUGACAUUGAUAUAGUUAUUCUUCAACCAUUUGUGUUUACGGCCUCUACGAAGAUGAUGUUUCAACUGCUUGUUUGUUUCCUUGUUCUUUAUUAUGUUGACGAUGAUAUAGUUUUUCUUCAACCAUUUGUGUUUCCGGCCUCUAAGAAGACGAUGUUUCAACUGCAUGUUUAUUUCCUUGUUCUUUAUUAAUGAAUGUAAGCAACAUUGACCUCAUGUAGGCCUUUCAAAUAGGGAGUGAGAUAUCAGCAUCGACUGCAUAGCUUCUUUGAUGCUGUCCCAUCUUCAUCAUUACUACAAUAAGAUGACUUGGAUGAGGCCUCCAAAGGAGGGGUGAAGUCGACGAUACGAGCGAUGUUGGAUAGGCCUCGGAAGGAAGGGUAUGUGUCUUGGUACUUGAGGAGGUCGGUGGCAACCAUCGAACUCAGAGUCCUAAGCAUAAAUUCUUCCCUUUGAGGCCUCAUCCAACAUCGCUCAAUAGCCGAAUGCUCAUGGACACCCUCUUUCGUGAAUCAGGAAGAACAUAUUUUUGCAACCCAAAGCAGAAGUUAAAUAGACAAAAGUCGUCCUACUGAAUCACUACUAUUACAUGUUUGUUCACGUAACAGUAGUGAUUCGGUUGAAAGGAGCAGUAGUUAUCACCUGAAACCAAAUUAAUACUAAUAAUUCUUUAUUUAUCAUGUAUGAUAACAGUACAGAUGUAGACAAGGUAGACACAACCCUAUCCCAUCUGACAUCAUGACACACUGAUAAACGAUUAGCCAUGCAAGCCCCAAGUUAUUUACUCGAACAUAUUAUAUAUUGUCAUUACUAGCUAAGAAGCUGUCACUGGCCACAUUGGCAGUCAACACAGGCGCAGGAAGGACCACACUUGCAGUCUCCCUCCGUCUCGGCGGCUGCUGGGGCAUCGACUACAC